UAUUUUAUUCUUUAAUGGCAGAAGAAUUUCAAGAAUCUGAAGUUAUAUUUCACCACGGCGGCGACGAUGUCGAUGAGCCGUCCAGGAAUUAUAAGGCGGCGGCGGAGAAGAAAAAGCUGAAGCCAAAUAAUAACAAGAAUAACUCGGCCGCCGCCGCGGCUCCAGUGAGUAUCCCGGAAAAUGUGUCCCGGAACUCGUGGCUACGGUAUAUUGAUCAAUCGGAUUUCGCUGGUGGUGACGACGACGACGGAGAAAUGGUGCCGCCGCAUAUCAUAGUAGGGCGGCGCGUGGCCGGAAAGAUGAUGGCGUUCUCGGUUUGUACCGGAAACGGAAGGACUCUUAAAGGAAGGGAUUUGAGUCGAGUUAGGAACUCGGUUCUUAGGAUGACCGGUUUUCUUGAAACUUGAGUUACAAUGAGUUUCCCCAGAAUUAUGUAUAUGCUCAUUGAUUGUAAAACAAAUCGGAAAAUCAUUAAUUAAUUAAAAUAGUUUAUUUAUAUAUAAAAAUAAAA